AUGUUACUGCUGUUCUAUUACAUCGUCAACCUCAACCGCCUCCUCAGCGCCACACCGUCAGACUUCGCAAAGCUUAUUUCUCGACGGUGGACGCGGUCAGAGAUCAAGAACACAUAUGCCCGCCUCUCCAAGAAUCCCAUCACCACUGCCUCAUAUGCAUCCCAGCUGCCGCCAAAGCAGCACCGCCGAUAUAUCAUCACGGGCGGAUCGGGUCUCGUUGGCGGGUACAUCGUCCUGCAACUUCUAGAGAGGGGCCAGCCUCCCAGCAGCAUCCGCAUUGUCGACUUUCAGGCGCCGCACCGGGCCGACAUGCUCAGCGGGCGGGCCGCCAAGGUGGACUUCCAAAAGGCGGACAUCUCGUCAGCCACGUCUACCGAGGCUGCAUUCGCCGCGCCGUGGGAUGACUCUGUUGCCAGUCUGCCGCUGACUGUCUUUCACACGGCAGCGGUGAUCAUCCCUUCGGCGCGCUCUGAGCUCGUCAAUGGCUUCUGCGAGUCCGUCAACGUUCUAGGUACCGAGCACGUGGUUGCUGCGGCACGGCGGGCGGGCGCUGAUGUCUUAAUCGCUACGUCCAGCGCCUCCAUCGCCAUCCGGCCUGUGGAGUUCUGGACGAACCCCUUUACGAAAGGGCGAGAUUUCCCCCGCUACUUCUCGCAGGUUUUGGACGAGUCUGACUUCUUUCGCCCGCUGCGGCCUCACCAUGAUUUCUUUGGCAACUACCCUGCUUCAAAAGCCAAGGCUGAGAGGAUCGUAUGUGGUGCUAAUGGAGAUCAGCUCAGGACGGGCUGCAUCCGACCUGCAAACGGGGUGUACGGCCAUCCUACUGAUAACCUGAUCGGCUCGCCACUGAAUAUGCAGACAUAUCCACAGUGGGUCUCACAUAUCAUCCAGAGCUUCGUGCACGGCGUCAACUGUGCCGUAGCCCACCUGCAGUUCGAGGCCAUCCUCGCGGAGCCCGGGUCCUCUGUCUCGCCCCAGGCUGGCCGCCCGUUCUGCGUGACCGAUCCAAACCCGCCCAUCUACUACGGCGACCUCCACAACGUCAUUGCGACGCUGUCUUGCACACCCUUCCGUCUGCUCGAGGUCCCGCCCGCUCCCAUGCUGCUACUGGCCUACGCCGUCGAGUUCUACAACCUGCUCCCCGCGCGGCUGCCCUGGCUGCGAAGGAUCCUGCCAGCCCUCCCAGGCGCCGUUGUUUACCUGGAGCCAGGCCUGUUUUCGAUCUGCACGCACCUCGUUGGGAACAUGGAUGCAGCUUGUAGGCCUGUCGACCAGGGCGGUCUUGGGUACCGCGGUGUGCUGACGACCCUCGAUGGCAUGUGCCAGGAGCUCCUCGACUGGAACCACGAGCAGGGGCAGCAUGCAGAGGAGGUAGCAAAGUUGGGGGUGGGCAGCAAAGGCAAGGUUGGGAUGAAUAGCAAGGUCGUGGCCAAGUAUUACCGCAACAGCGUCGCCCUGGCUGAGGAGAUUCGCAAGCUGGGCGCAGUGGGCGUGGCGGUCAAGGCUUGA